AUGUGCAGGCCCAAACACAGUAAUCUGGACAGAGGAUCCAAGAGGAUCUUCGGAGAGAAUUCAGAGAAUGCUCCCAAGAGGAUUCGUGCUAUUGUUCCUCCAAAAGUUGGGCUGUCUGUUUGGCAAUUAAUUAAAAACCGAAUAGCGGUAAAAAAAAGUUUGCUAAAGAGAGGGGUUGCUAUUGAGAAUGGGGAAUUGUGCGAUAUAUGUGGUUUGGAGGGUGAUACUGAAGCACAUUCAAUAAUUCGGUGCAACAAUUCAUGGAGGUUAUGGUGUUCAAAAAUGGACCGUGAAAAAGUAUCAUGGUGCAUCCCUUCUACUUUCAAGCUUCUUUUGGAAGAGUGGCCCUCCCUAAGGGUAAAGUCUGAUCCAAUAUGGUGGGAGUCAGCACCUACAUUGAGCUGGUCCAUAUGGCGAGCAAGAAAUGAUUCUGCUUUCAAUCAGAUUGAGUUCUCUUUCGAAGGGGUGUGGGAUACUCACAUUAUGAGGAUUAUGUGGUGGAUUAAAGCAUGGUGGAAGGAGUGUCCUUUCUGCACUUUUGAUUUUUCUCAACAUUUUGAAAAGGUAAUGGUUGAAACCAUCACUCCCAAGGUUCGUGUUGUUGAUUAA